AUGGCGUUCUGGAUUUUGAAUGAAAGUCUCUCCAUCCUAUUAGGACUCUCGUGGCUGGGAGUGAAUUUAUAUCUGUUUAUCGACACAUUCUCUUGGUAUGAAGAGGAAGAGUCUUUCCUUUACACACGAGUUAUUCUGGGCUCAACACUGGCCUGGGCGCGAGCGUCUGCAGUGUGCCUCAAUUUUAACUGCAUGCUAAUUCUCUUACCGAUCAGUCGAAACCUUAUUUCAUUCAUGAGAGGGACAAGUACUUGCUGCAGAGGACCGUGGAGGAGGCAAUUAGACAAAAACCUCAAAUUCCACAAACUGGUCGCCUAUGGGAUAGCCAUUAACGCAACCAUCCACAUCGUGGCACAUUUGUGCAACCUGGAGCACUAUCGCUGGAGCCAGUCCACGGAAGCGGAGGGACUUCUGGCCGCACUUGCCAAGCUUGGCAAAACCCCAAAUGAGAGCUACCUCAACCCCAUCCGGACCUUCCACACAAACACCAUCACCGUGUUGCUGACGACAACUGCUGGUGUCACUGGCCUGAUCAUCUCUCUGGCUUUCAUCUUGAUCAUGACCUCUUCCACCGAGUUCAUCAGACAGGUCUCCUAUGAGCUGUUCUGGUACACACACCAUGUGUUCAUCAUCUUCUUUAUCAGUCUGGCUAUCCAUGGGGCAGGUCGGAUUGUUCGAGGCCAAACUCCCGAGAGUCAACUGCUCCACAACGUCACCUUCUGCAAAGACCACUACGCUCAGUGGCAGACCGCUGCCCAGUGCCCCACGCCUCAAUUUUCUGGCAAGGAGCCUUCGGCUUGGAAAUGGGUCUUAGGCCCUGUGGUCUUAUAUACGUGUGAAAGAAUAAUUAGGUUCUGGCGGUUUCGACAAGAAGUUGUCAUUACCAAGGUGGUGAGCCACCCAUCUGGAGUUCUAGAACUUCACAUGAAAAAGCGAAACUUUAAAAUGGCGCCGGGGCAAUACGUCUUGAUACAGUGCCCGUCCAUAUCGUGGCUGGAAUGGCACCCCUUCACCCUCACGUCGGCCCCUCAGGAGAACUUCUUCAGUGUGCACAUCCGGGUAGCAGGAGACUGGACGGAAGCUCUGUGUAAGGCCUUUGGGGCAGGAGGACAGGCCCGGAAGGAGUCCUGGAGCUUGCCAAGGCUGGCGGUGGACGGGCCGUUUGGAACCGCACUGACGGACGUGUUUCACUACCCAGUGAGCGUGUGCGUUGCUGCAGGAAUAGGGGUGACUCCCUUCGCCUCUCUCCUGAAAUCCAUAUGGUACAGAUGUGAGUCGCACACCCAGCUGAAGCUGAGCAAGGUGUAUUUUUACUGGAUUUGCCGGGAUCCAAGGGCUUUUGAAUGGUUUGCUGAUCUCUUACUCUCGCUGGAAACACUCAUGAGUGAGCGAGGGAAAGCUCACUUUCUGAGUUAUCAUAUAUUUCUUACCAACUGGGAUGAAAAUCAGGCUGUUCACAUAGCUUUACAUUGGGAUGCAAAUACUGAUGUGAUCACGGGGUUAAAGCAGAAAACGUUCUAUGGAAGACCUGACUGGAACCACGAGUUCCGGCAGUUGGCCUACACCCAUCCCAGCAGCAACAUCGGCGUGUUCUUCUGUGGACCCAAGGCUCUCUCCAAGACGCUUCAAAGGAUGUGCCGCUUGUAUUCCUCAGCCGACCCCAGGGGGGUCCAUUUUUAUUACCACAAAGAAAGCUUCUAGACUUCGGAGAAAAAAUUCCGUGUAUUACAUACGUGGCUACAAUCACAUAGGUCAGCGCUCGGGAAAUGUUUCCUGUAAAGGGCUGUAUAGUAAUUAUUUUAGAUUCUACAGACCAUAUGAUCUCAGUAACAACUACUCUACUCUGCCAUUCGAAUGCAUCAAAAUAGCCACAAACAGUACGUCAAGGUAUGGGCAUGGCUGUGUUCCAAUAAAACUUUAUUUGUGGGCAUUGAAGUAGAAUUUUAUGUAAGUCCCUUUUGUCAUGGAACCUUCUUUUGAUUUGUUUCUAAUGAUUUAAAAAUGUAAAAGUCAUUCUUAGCUCAUGGGCUGUCCCCAAAUCAGAUGAUGUUCCAGGUUUGGCCCACAGGUGGUAAGUUUGCUGACCCCCUGAUAGACAUCAUUGUUCUCAAACUUGUUUUCAUGUUCAGCAGUGCAUCCAAUAUGGAGACUGAUAUGGCUGCCUGGCUCAGAGUCUCCUUUAGAAGUUGUUUCAUAUUUCUGUCACCCUGAUGGCAGAGACAUCUGCCUUGUAUCCAAACGUGAUCUUUUCUGCUUAAUCUUAAGCUUCUUUGUGCUUUCUUUUCAUCUUCUAUAGACCUGAGAAAUCACCAAUGGGGGUUACCUUUCACGAAAACCCUUUAUAUGUUGAAAGUGAUAAAAUCAUCUCUUACCUAUCCCUUUUCUAGUCCAAACAAUACUAAAUUCUUAACCUUUCAGCCUAGGAUAUAUAUUCUAGUCCUUCAAUCAUUCUUGUGCUCUUCUUCAAAUCUGUUUCCAUUCCUUCACAUCCUUUUAAAAUGUGUUGCCUAAAAUGAGACAUAAUAUUCUAAUAGAUACAUGACUAGUAUUGGGGGGAAAAGUGAUUUUUUUAGAUCUCAUGUGCCAUGCUUUUCAAUACAACUAAAUUCUAUAUUUGCCUCUCUUUCCUUCCUUCCAUAUUUCUUUCUGAUUCUCUUUUAAUCCAGACUUUUCAUGCGGAUUCUCUCUUUAAUGUGGACUUUUUUUUUUCUUUCUCUUUUUUCUUUUUUCUUUGUAAGUAAGCUCUACACCCAACCUGGGGCUUGAACUCACAACCCUGAGAUCAAGAGUCACAUGCUCUACCAACUGAGCCAGUCAGGGGCCCCUACUGUCACAUUUUGAUCUAUGAUCAUCUUGACACUUAAGCCCCAACUCAACUUCUGCCCCACAAAUAUACUGGGAAUUUCUUCUUAAUUGUAUACUCCCACUGAGGCAAUCUAUUUUUAUCAUGCAGUUAUUUCCCCCCCAAAAUGUUCCCAAAGUAUUCCCCACAUCUUACAGUUUUCUCUAGUAGUAUUGAUUAAACUUUUAGAAUUUUUCUAACAUUUCAAGAUUGUUUUGAAGUUCAGCCCCAGAUAAUAAUACUAGUAUUUAGCUUCAUGAUAUCCACAAAUUUAAUUAGCAAAAUCUCAAAUCUUUUGUUUAGGUUUUCAACCAAAUUAUUGAAUCCAAAGAACUCCACCAUGAAUUCUUGCAACUACCUGAUAAUAUGAGUUCCCAGUUGGGAAGAGGUUAAUGAUAACUAGCCAUUGAGAAUUGUACACGACACCAUACUCUCUUAGUUUAUAAUUAACAUGUCAUACACAACAGAACAAAAACAUUUCUUGAAGUUAAAAUUACAUUUUACAAAUGCUUCUUAUCUUUGUAGACCGUCAUUCUGCCAAAAAAGAGGAUUAAAUUGGUCUGACAUGAUUUGUUUUUACAAAGUUAAGCAACCAGUUAAGCUCUUUCAGAGAUUUCUAAAUUAUAAAUUGAUCAUUUCUUUAACUUUAUCCUCAGAUACUGACUCUGAUUCUAUGAUUUCUAGGGCCUAUUUUAAUAUACACUCCAGGAAAAAAGGUGGAUAUAUUUCCUGAUGUCUCAAAAAUUAUUUCUACUGCCUCUGAAUUGGAAUUUCUUAGUAUCUUUAAGUAUCAGUUGAUAGAUAUCACUCAAACUCUACUAAUUUUAAUAUGUGCAGUAUUUCUGUGUGUUUAUUUCUCCAUUAAGUUUGAUUCAGUCUUUACAACAAGAACUUUCUGCAAUGUAUAUAUCUAAUCUUUAGCAGGAAAAUUAAAUGUAUUAAAAGAUUUUUCUUGGUUGUAUUCAAUUAUUAGUUUU